CUAAGGCUUUACUCCCGAGCAUGUGUUACUGCAUUACCGAAACUGAAUGUUUGGUGUACACAUUUUUUUUCUUCAAUAAAGUUGAUUGUAAUAAAAGUUUUUAUCCGUGUUUAGUUGCAUUGUCUUAGCAAGUUCACUUCUUUUUCCGUCCAUGUAAUUUUCAAUGUGGUGACGUAAUCCAUCUAACAAGUUCGAAUCGCGUGGCUGCCUUGGCCGCGUUCUAAGACUGAUGACGCCAGUGUACACGUAAUUUAGAACGCGAGCGCUCACUACCCAUUUCGAGUAUUCCACGGGUUAGUUACGGAUCGCGCUUCUCUUCUGGUGAAAUCAUGUCUGUCAGUGAACCUUCCCGCGCUCAGAUGGCAUCGGAAGUGCCUGAGAUUCUGGUAGAUCCCAAGACAUUAAGGUCCUACGGCAGGGAUGAGCUUUUGGGACAGGGCGCUUGUGGCAAAUGCUAUAAGAUGACCGAUCUUGAAACUGGCGACACCUAUGCUGUUAAGGUCAUCCGGCUAUAUUCCUGGGGAGUGGAGGAGGUCUGUGAAGAAGUACAGAUUUUAAAAACACUGCGGCACAAGAAUGUGGUGGGGUUCUCCCACUCUUUCGAAGAUGACAAAUUCAUGUAUAUUUUCAUGGAGUUGUGCAGUGGGCAGACACUCGGUGACAUUUUAAAAGCUCGGGGGACUUUGACUGAGCCCGAAGUGCGAUACUACAUUAACCAGCUGAUUUCAGGGUUAACAUACAUCCACCGGCAAGGUUACGUCCACAGGGACAUCAAGUUGGAAAAUUUAUUUAUCAAUGACCAAAUGGAACUGAAAAUUGGGGAUUUCGGACUGGCGGUCAAGCUGAAGCCGAGGGAGAAAGAAGUGUGUGGUACUCCCGUCUACAUGGCUCCAGAAGUGUGGAAACGAGAGGGCCAUGGAAGGGAAGCGGACGUCUGGGCACUGGGCUGUGUCAUGUACCAGCUUCUGGUUGGGGAAAUCGCAUUCUACGAUGACAAUUACUGGGAGAUGCUCAAGAAUAUAAAGGAAGCCAAAUUUAUUCUACCGCAGAAUCUCUCUAUUGAAGCUGGGAAACUGAUGGGCAAGAUAUUUAGAAUCGACCCACGGGAUCGCCCGUCACUAUCGAAUGUCCGUCGCCACAAGUUCUUCACAAAGGGCUUCACUCCAAAGACACUGCCAGCUAGUAGCUGCAAUACACCACCAAAGCAUAAAUCAGUCAACCCAUUCAAAAAGAUUUUCAACCGUUUCAUGCGCCUGAUACGAAAAAAGCGAUCCAGAGUUGAGCCUUUACGGGAGGAUGCCGAGCAGAGUGGACUUGAGAUCCCCCAGCCUGUGGAGUCACUCCGUGUUCUAGAGGAUGUCAACAGACCAAUGAACAAAUUGACCUGGUCCAGUUGGUCAAAGUGGUUGAGGGACCUGUAGGCAGGCUGUACUCAGCAAGUGCAGUGACGCCCCACACCUGAGUGCCUCCCCCAGCUCCCUGUCCACUCCUGUUUCAAUAAAGUUCUUUUGUGUUUCAAGCA